UCAGGCGAGGAAUGCAACGGCAUCAAGGCCAUGGCGGCCGAGAGCGGCCCCGGCACGCGCCUGCGGAACCUGCCCGUGCUGCCGGACGCCCUCGACUCCUCGCAGCCGUCGGCGGCGCCGGCGCCCGGCCAGGCCCAGCCCGGCGGCGGCGUCGGGGUCAACCCCCCCCCACCGGAGACCUCCAACCCCAACAAGCCCAAGCGCCAAACCAACCAGCUGCAGUACCUGCUCAAGGUGGUCCUCAAGACCCUCUGGAAGCACCAGUUCGCGUGGCCCUUCCAGCAGCCCGUGGACGCCGUCAAGCUCAACCUCCCGGAUUAUUAUAAAAUAAUUAAGACGCCGAUGGACAUGGGAACAAUUAAGAAGCGUUUGGAGAACAAUUAUUACUGGAACGCUCAGGAAUGCAUCCAGGACUUCAACACCAUGUUCACCAACUGCUACAUCUACAACAAGCCCGGGGAUGACAUCGUGCUGAUGGCCGAGGCUCUGGAAAAGCUUUUCCUGCAGAAAAUCUCGGAGAUGACUCAGGAGGAAACCGAAAUCGUCAUCGCCCAGACCAAGGGCCGGGGCCGCGCCCGCAAGGAGCCAGCAGUUCCCUCCAAGCCCGGCUCCUCGGCCGUCUCCAGCGCCCCCCAGGGCUCCUCCCCGGCUGCCCCGGCGGCUCCCCCGGUUCCAGGCCUGGCUGCUCCGUUGCCGUUCGGGGCCGCGGGCGCUGCGGAGCUGCUGGUGCCGCCCGCGGUCACCGUGGUGCCGCCCGUGCCCGCCCUGGCCCCGCCCGCCCCGGCCCCGCCCGCCCCGGCCACGCCCACCCUGCAGCCCCACCCGCCCGUCAUCCCCACGCCCGCCCAGCCCGUCAAGACCAAGAAGGGCGUGAAGCGGAAAGCAGACACCACCACCCCCACGGCCAUGGACCCCAUCCACGACUCCUCCUCCUCGCUGCCCGCCGAGCCCAAGGGCGCCAAGGCGGGCGCGCGGCGCGAGGGCGGCCGCCCCCUGAAGGCGCCCAAGAAGGAGCUGCCGGACUCGCAGCAGCCGCCGGAGCUCCGCGGCUCCAAGGCCUCGGAGCAGCUCCGGUACUGCGGGGGCAUCAUCAAGGAGAUGUUCGCCAAGAAACACGCGGCCUACGCGUGGCCCUUCUACAAACCCGUGGACGUGGAGGCGCUGGGGCUGCACGACUACUGCGACAUCAUCAAGCACCCCAUGGACCUCAGCACCAUCAAGUCCAAGCUGGAGGGGCGCGAGUACCGCGACGCUCAGGAGUUCGCGGCCGACGUGCGGUUGAUGUUCUCCAACUGCUACAAAUACAACCCCGCCGACCACGAGGUCGUGGCCAUGGCCAGGAAGCUGCAGGACGUGUUCGAGAUGCGCUUUGCCAAGAUGCCGGACGAGCCCGAGGAGCCGCCGGUCCCGGCCUCGUCCCCCGUGGUGGUCCCGCCCCCCACCAAGGUGGCCCCGCCCUCGUCCAGCGACAGCAGCAGCGACAGCUCCUCGGACAGCGACAGCUCCUCCGACGACUCCGAGGAGGAGCGGGCGCAGCGCUUGGCCGAGCUCCAGGAGCAGCUGAAGGCCGUGCACGAGCAGCUGGCGGCGCUGUCCCAGCCCCAGCAGAACAAACCAAAGAAGAAGGAGAAGGACAAGAAGGAGAAGAAGAAGGAGAAGCACAAAAAGAAGGAGGAGCUGGAGGACACCAAGAAGAGCAAAGCCAAGGAGCCGCCGCCCAAGAAGGCCAAGAAGAGCAACAGCAACAGCAGCGCCUCCAGCAAGAAGGAGCCAGCGCCGGUGAAGCCCAGCAAAGCCGCGCCCGCCUACGAGUCGGAGGAGGAGGAGAAGUGCAAGCCCAUGUCGUACGAGGAGAAGCGGCAGCUGAGCCUGGACAUCAACAAACUGCCCGGGGAGAAGCUGGGCAGGGUCGUGCACAUCAUCCAGUCCCGGGAGCCCUCGCUCAAGAACUCCAACCCCGACGAGAUCGAGAUCGACUUCGAGACGCUGAAGCCGUCGACGCUGCGCGAGCUCGAGCGCUACGUCACCUCCUGCCUGCGCAAGAAGAGGAAACCCCCAGAGAAGCUCGACGUCCUGGCCGGCUCCUCCAAGCUCAAGGGCUUCUCCUCGUCCGAGUCGGAGUCGAGCAGCGAGUCGAGCUCCUCGGACAGCGACGAGUCGGACUCAGGUUAG